AUGUCGUCACCUUCUACACCGCGGUCGACGCGCUCCGCGUCCCCAGCUAGCGAGUCACUCAACAUAUUAACUCCCGGACAGAAGAUCAAAGCCAUGAUGGCAGAAUUCGACAGUGACUCGGAAAUGGAGACUCACCCCACCACGACAACACGCCCGAUCUCGAAGCUGGACUUCAGAACUAAAAGCAUAUCGGCUACCGAGACGCGUCAACUAAACCAUCUUGCGGACUCAGAUGUUGACUCGGAAGACUCAGAUGAUAUUGUCAGACCCAAAGGUCGCAUGGCGGCUCGCAUGCAAGGGAACAAAGAUGCUCCUCCCAAGGAAGACACGGCAUUCUCUCGCUUGUCCAACGCCCUGCGGAACGAACAAGUGCAAGCAACGAGAAGCCCCACACCCGAACAAUCUAGUGGAGAUGAACUCCCCACAGCGGCAUCCAAAAGAAAGACCAAGGGCAAAACACAACAUUCACCAGCGCCGAGCGAUCAGUCUCGACGUUCACACUCUCGUGCUCGCACCGCCUCUCCCAUGUUCUUUUCCCCAACAUCGCCACGCGAUGAACUCGCCAACCAUGAAGGUGCAGACGGAGAAAUGGACAGAAACCCGAAAUCAAAUGCUAGAUUCCUUGCUCUCGUCACCCAAAAGCGCAAGGAGCGCGAAGAACGUGAAAGGAUCGAGGCAGAGCAAAAGGCCGCCAAGCGUGCACAAAUGGAACAAUUCAGCUCUGAGAUGCUUUCUGAUGAGGACAACGAAGCUGAUGAUCCCAGCUCUGCCAAAAAGCUUAGCCAAAAUGCUCGUCAACCGCGGAAAGCCAGCAAAAAAGCGUUGGAGGAAAUGAGCCGGGAGACCCAGCGGAUGACACAAACGAAAAAGAAGAUCACCAAGGAAAGCUUGUUUGCUCGGUUCAACUUCAUGCAGCCCAAUGUCUCAGCUGUUGAGGCUCCUACCCUGAAUUCAUCAUCAACAGCUGGCUCGCAGCAAUCGUCUGACGGCGAGGUUGCUCAAAAGAAGAACGAUACACCUCAUACUUCCCCAAUCCUUGGACCUUCUGAUACAGACAAGUCGAUGACAAAGGUCUCUGAAGAAAAUCUAAUGGAGAUCGACGGGGACGAAAAUUCUGCGGAGACCGCUACAUCUACUCGAGCCAAGGUCUUUGUCAAAGCCACUGAUUCGCCUCAGGAACUCAGAAAACCAUUUGGUACAGCUAUCCUGGACUCUUCAGAGCUCAACUCAAACGCCACCAAGCCCAAGGCACGCAAGAUGACGCGGCCGUCGGUUCGUGUACUCAUGUCCAGACACGAUGUCGCCCAGCACAACAAGGAUGAUUCCGAUAGCGACGAUCUCGAGGUGGUUACGUCGCCUGCCAAGGCUCGUCGUAUUGCUGCUUUCGAGAAUCUGCCCUCUAGGCAGAUGCAGGAAUCAUCCUCGAUGACCAAACUGAAGGCUUUGGCACACUUGACAUCGCCAACCCGCAAGACUACUUCUAUGACCUCCGCGGAACUCUCCGCCGGUUUGCUUUACAGAGCUCGACAGCAAGCUGCCAAAGAGAGGCGUGAGCGUAUGGAAGAGCUUAGGGCGAAGGGCGUUGUCAUCGAAACAGCUGAAGAACGUGCUGCCAUGGAAGAUGACCUCGAGAACCUGGUGGAGAAGGCCCGUCAAGAGGCCGAUGAUAUUGCGCGUCAUGAGCGAGCUGCCAGGAAGAAGGCGCAAGGUCUAGAUGAAGAUGAUGAAGAUGAUGAUGACUUCGUAUUCUCAGGCUCUGACGACAAUGGAUCUGGCGAAGACGACGAUGAAGAUGAUGAAAAGAGUGUCAGCGGAAAAUCAGAUAUCCUUGACCAGGAGGCCGAUGGAGACGAAAAUUCUGCGGAGGAGCAAAGCCAAAUCGCACCAUCUGAUGUUGAAGACCAGGUCUCGGGUUCUCGGCGCAAGCAUCGAAUGCGCGUGAUCAGCGACGACGAAGACGAUGAGGAACCACAAGUACCAUCAACCCCAGUCAGGCUACCAUCCAAUGCUCCCCGGUCUGCCGAGCGACCUCAGUUCCCUGGCAUGCAGUCUCCCAGCAUGUCUAUGGGGCUAACCCAAGCAUUCGCCGGCACUCUGGCAGAUGAAGAAAGCGUCCGACAAAUUGGGGUAGAGGCUGCCCCGUUCUCUCUUCCCGAACCAGGCCGGCCCAUCCCCGGGCUUCAGGCUGAAGACUCCGAAAUUCUCGUUCGAGACAGCCAGGAUCAAUCCAAUGAUCAUGACUUCAUGACCAAUGACAAGCAGAACAUGGCCAGCGUGUCCGUUUCGGAGUCCCCUGCCAACCACCGUUUCUCGCAGUAUUCACAGCUUCCCGACCCGACUCAAGACCAAGGCUUUGUUUUUUCGCCGUUCGACCCUGCGAAGCGUUUCCGAGAAACACCACCAGUGUCGACUGUUGAUACCGUCCUUGUGGGGCAAAGCCAAUCGCCGGCCGCUGAAAGAAAACGCAAGCAGCUCCGAAGGGGUCGUGCAGCCGAGUUAUCUGUUGUUGAAGAAGAGGACAAUGAAGGCGACUUUGAGAUCAACUCCAGUGCCUUUGAUGUCAUGAAGAAAACCAAUAAGAAAUCAACUAUGGCCUUCGAUAAGAAGAACAGCAAAGCCAGGGGGAUUGUUGAUGAGGCUGCGGAGGAGUCCGAAGAUGAAUAUGCUGGUAUUGGAGGUGCCAGUGAUGACAGUGACGGUGAAGAAGAUGCCUACGAUCAGCAAAUGAUCAAUGACCAGAGUGGUGAGGUUGUUGAUGAGAAACAACUUGCUGCAUUAAACGCUGAGCACCAACGAAACCGGGACGAGAAGGAUGUCAACAAGCUGAUGAGAGACAUCACGACCGGCGCUUUGCGCCGUCGCCGCAAUGCCGACGAUGACCUCGAUCUUGACGACUCGGACGACGAACGACUAGCACGUCGACGCGAGAAGCAACGCGAAUUUGCGAAGAUGCGCCGUGCUCUUCUUGCUGAUGACAAGAUCGGUGCACUUGCCGAAAAUCCAAAGAAGGCUGCAUUCUUCAAGGCCAUUGAAGAUCGUGAAAUGGAUGAUGAUUUCGAGUUGGACUUCCUGGACGAGAAGGAGAGUGGUUCUCAAAGCGAAUCACAAAAUUUGGCUUUCCAGGAACCAGCCGAGUCUGCACAAGACGGCAACAAGCGCAAGAGACCUCUCGAGCCGAUUGCCGAAGAUGCUACCAACCGACCUCCGCCCAACCUUCGCCGCACUCCUGCCAGCGCGCUGUCCAAGAAGCCCGCCACUCUGGCCGAGAUACGCGAAACCCUGUCCUUCCUGACGGAGACCCCCGAAUACGACUCAUUCCACGAGGACGCCUCUAUCGAGGACGAAGAAGCCGACGAAGAAGGCGACUCAAAUACUUCCGGCGCAGAAGGGGCAUACUCAGAUGACGGCAGCUCCCAAUCUAAGGAUGGCUUUGCCGUGCCCAGGCACCCACGCCGCACUCGCGGCCCAGUCGUCGACCGCCUCGCUCUUCUUCGUCAAGCAUCGUCCAACUCCGCCUCGACAUCAGGAUCCUCCAACACCAAACAGGCCUUCCAUAGCGGCAAUUCAGACGGCCCCAUCGGCUCCUCCGCCGCGUCACCGGCGGCUCAACUUCAUCCACCUCCAGCUCUUCUUCUACAAACCGCGCCUCCAAACCUGGUGCCUCUGGUCCGAAGAAGGGGGGGUGCUGUUAACUCCUACACUGCUGCCCGUGAACAAGAGCGCGAGAGACAGCUGCGUAUGAAGCAGCGGAAUGGUGGUACUAAUAUUGCUAAGCUGUUGAAUAAGCAUGCCGGUGGUGGUCUUGGUGCGUUGGCUGGAAAGGGACAAUGGGAUUGA